AUUGGUUAAAUUUUGCUGAUAUAUUCAACUUGAGGCCAAUAUAUUCAUGUUAUUUUAGGUUUACUUCCUAGUGACAAGUGUCAGGUUUUUGUGAUUGUUGAAUAUUGACUGGCUUUACAAUUACCUAAAAUUUCAAGGAGUGCAAAUUGCUUUUGAUCUGUAAUGGAGGUGGCUAAGUCCUAAGGUGUGGUUUGGUAGUUCAAAUGAUCGGUCGGAAUAGGCACAUAAGAAUUCUAGUUGGAUAUUGUGAAAGAAUCUCCGCAUUCAACCCAAAACCUUAAUGCAAUAGGUGGAGUAUUCUAGGUCAUCAUAAACAUCAUUGUAAAUCCUUGAUGCAACCAAUGAAUGACAAGUGUAUUUUAACACAAUCCCGCAUAUGUAACUUAAAAGCCACUUUCGGCUAAUAAGCCACUUUUUUAAUCCAAACGGGCUCUUAAAGGUGGAUUAAAUAUCUUUUUGGCUGCUUUUUAUAAGCUUUUCUUCGAAGGCAUGGCCGCCUAAUUGUGUCAUUUUACCCGUCUCGAUGUCGAGGCUAAUUUUUAUAUACAAUGCAACUGUCCCUUGAUCUGGAUUUGAAUAUGCUAUUAUUUCAGCUAUUGCCUUUUUUUCAUUUCCUGGAAAAAUGUAUAGACUUUCGAAGUGUUUCAUUUGAACUCAACCAGUUUAAUGCGGAGUAAGAAAGAAUAAUUAAUGCCAAGUUUACACUAUUAUGGUAAGUUUGUGAUUUGUAAAACCAAGUUCCUUUUUCCCCUUUGCUUUAGAUUUGUUAGGCUUGAAGUGUCUAUAAUACUUACAAUUCUAAUAGCUAGUAGGAAAAAAAUAAUAACAGGUAAUAUGUGACUAAUGAGGUUAAGUAUUCGAUUUUCCCCAAUACUUGUCAUCCUUUCCUCAUGUUGGAUCCUCUAAUGGUCAUAUUAACCGUUAAAAAAUUACUCCUUUAGCUGGAUAAAAAAUCUGAAGCAAUUUCUUUCUGUUUUGACAUUUGUAAUUUCUGUCAAUGUCCUCCAGUGAUAGAGCCAUUAGGUUCAUACCAAGAUGAAAAUUUGCCGUAAAUGUGAGCCCAGGACAUUUAUUUCUCUUUUUAACGAAAUGAAAACAGCUAAGCUGAGAGUUGUUAUCAGGUUGCCAGCUUACUAUAUGUGUUUGUGACAGGUUCAGGCUAUUAGUAUGUUAUUAGGUAAUCCAAUAAAUUGACUUUUUGAGAUACCAGGACCUGAAGCCAAGUGGAUGGGAAGUUCAACUACUUAGGUCCUUACGUAACAAAUAAAAUCUUGAGACUACUGUUUUGCAUGCAUUUAAAACCUAUAUAUAGCAAUAGACUUGAAGCAAAUAACACAUAUCCAAGUUUCAUUGAUUCUAUACACAUUCUUCUUUAAGCUUCUAGGAUUUGCAGAAAUAUGGCUCACCAUUACCAGCUAUCCUCCCUCUUACUGCUUGCAUUUCUCAACUUGUGCUUCAUCCAUGGCCCGAUAACUGGAGCAACUGCACGUCGUCUUCUAGAGACGCCCCUCCCCGAGAUUCCUAAACCAGAGUUCCCUAAAGUUCCAACCUUGCCAAAGCUUGAGAUCCCAACUGUGCCGAAACCUGAGCUUCCAACCAUACCAAAGCCUGAAAUACCAGCUGUUCCAAAGCCUGAGAUUCCUAUUAUGCCAAAACCUGAAGUACCAACUGUGCCAAAGCCCGAGCUACCAUCUAUCCCGAAGCCCGAGUUACCAACUUUACCAAAGCCUGAGAUCCCAGUUGUGCCCAAUCCUAAGUUACCAGUUGCUCCUAAGCCUGAGUUCCCAACUGUGCCAAAACCCGAGCUUCCUGUUGUGCCGAAGCCUGAGAUUCCAGCAAUGCCAAAACCCGAGCUUCUUCCCCUGAAAAAGCCAGAAAUCCCAACAGCACCAAAGACUGAGGUUCCUCCAGCUAUAAAAAAGCCUGAAGUUCCAGCUUUGACAAAGCCCGAGGUACCAAUUGUGCCAAAGCCAGAAAUCCCAGAACUACCAAAGCCAAAAAUCCCGGAGCUACCAAAGCCAAAACUACCAGAGCUUCCAAAGCUAGAAGUCCCAGCUAUGCCAAAGCCUGAAAUCCCAGAACUGCCUAAACCAAAAGAGAUAUCCAUUCCUUCACUUUCUCCACCACACAAACCCGCUACUCCUUGAGUAAUUAUUAUACUGUUCGCUCUAUUAGAAGGUAGCCAACUGUGUUAUGAGAUUUCCAUCUUGGUCUAUGAAGUUUGCUGCGUGGGCAUGGCAUGGCAUGGAGAUAGUUUGGCAGAACAUAUUGGAUACUUUCUCUAGGGGUAGAAAUUAUGAUUCUUUUAUAGUAGUAUUUCAAUUGGAUGUACCAUGUUUAUCGUGUUAUUAUACUAUAUGAGUGUUUUAUGUACUUUCUAUACAGUGUAAUAAGGCUAUGAUCUAUGUCACUUUCUAGAGUCACUUUGAUUUAGUUCC